CAUAGUCACCUAAAAUCGAUAUAUUUUUUAUUUUGAAUUUCGAUAGUAUUUUGGUCGAGAAAUUCGAUGGUGAUAAUCGAUUUUCACAAAAUCGUGAUCUUGACGGUCAAAUACGUCUUUGAAAAAUCGAUAUAUCGAUUUUUAAUUUGCGAUAGUUCGUGAAAACAACCAUAGUCAUGACUAUGGUUGUUUUCACCACCGAAUUUUCGUUGUUUACAUUGAUAAGAAAGCUUCACUCAGGUUACUCGUAUUGAAAAGUCUGGUUGUUGUUAAAAGUUGUGCUUUUUUUGGGAAAUGCGUUUUAUGUAAUUAUGGAUAACAGAGAUGCAGAUAACCCAAAUCCACCGCCACCAAUGAAACCUACAAAAAAACCGCAUGCGUAUACUCUCAUUCGAGAUAAAAAAGUAAAAGGUGAACCGCACUUGAUGCAUAAAAAAGACAUCGUAAUAUCUGCCGUAAAAAUGGGCCCAGACUGCAAGUGCAAACGAUAUCAAUGUUUUCAAACAGUGCCGGAGGAAAUAAUGGAAAGGAUCUUCAAUCAAUUUUACACCCAAUUUAAAACCAAAAAUGAACAAGAUAGCCACUUGACGGGGCUGAUUUCUAUGAGACCUGUUCAAAGCAGAAGGCCCAGAGUAACAGUAAUGAACGUUCCUGUAGUUAAUAAUGUAGACGAAAUUUUGGAGGCGGCUGAUGAUAACGCGGACGACACAGCUGAACAAAUGGGAGUAAAUCCUAAUGGCGCGUAUUUCGCAUACAAAUUGCGAUUCCAGGACAGAGAAUUUCCGGUGUGCUUAAAUGCGUUUCUAAGUGUCCAUGGUGUUACUAGGGGAAGAGUUCGGCGGCUUCAGAAUUUUUUAAUCGAGAAAGGCACUUCCCCCAUGGAUAAGAGGGGUAAGCACGGAAAUUACCCUCGCCAAAUGCCAAAAUCUGUUACCAAAUUAAUCCAUCAUCACAUCGCAUCAUUACGAAAGCGGCAGUCUCAUUAUAGCCAAAGGAGUAAUCCUAAGAGAUAUUACCUUCACGAAAACCUGAAAAGUAUUACGCAAUUACAUGAACUGUUUGUACAGCUGUAUCCAGAUAAAAAUGUCACCUAUGAUGCUUAUCGUAAUAUUUUCAACACGUACAAUAUUGGUUUUGCGUUACCACGUUCUGACACCUGCGGCACGUGCGAUAAAUUUGACCAUGAGAUGAAACUAGCGGGUGAUGUAGAAGCAGUACAAGUCGAUCUUCAAGCUAGAAAAAAAGCCCAUUUGGAGUUAGUGGAGAAUUUCAGAGUUAUCAAGCGAGGUUACGCAAAAUUAGCUCAGGAGAUCGAUUCUGAAGUUACAGUAUUGACGUUCGAUUUUAUGCAAAACUUGCCCAUACCCAAUAUUCAAACCAACGAUGUCUUUUACCGGAGCCAAGUGUGGGUUUACAACUUUGGGGUCCAUAACCUCGGUGAUAACAGUAGUUCGAUGUAUGUUUUCGAUGAAAACAACGGAGCUAAAGGAAGUAAUAACGUAACAUCAAUGUUAUUUCAUGCAAUUCGAGAUCUUCCAUACAGAGAAUUGAUUCUCAUGGCUGAUAAUUGUCCUGGACAAAAUAAGAAUCGAACUAUGGUACUCUUCCUAUACAUGAUCGUUCAUUUUUUUCACAUGGUGCCACAAGUCACGAUCAUUUUUCCGGUGAGAGGUCACACCUAUCUACCAAACGAUGCCGAUUUUGCUCUAAUUAAGAAAAAAUCUGAUUGUGAAACACCGAAUGAUUGGGCUGAAGUUAUUAAGAAUGCACGUAAGAAUCCGUCACCGUUUAAUGUUAUCAGGUUUGCCUGGGAUGAUUUUAUCAACUUUAAUGAGUCAUUACAGCCGUUUUUCCUUAAAACUUCGAGACCACCCAUGCAGAUAAAGUCUGCAAAAAUGAUUUGUAUUUCUAAAGAUAUACGCGAUGUUAAAGUACGAUAUGGAUAUAAUUCGAAGUGGAGUUUUAUUGCUGUCACCCAGAAGAAUGCAAAGAUACCAAAAGAAAUCAAUUUAGUUCCGCUGUAUGAUGGACCUCUGGGAUUUACUGCCGUUAAGAUAAAAAACAUGAAACAUCUCUAUCAGUUCACGAAGAAAGGAGCUUCGUCGGUGGAAUAUUAUCAGCAAUUCUUUGAUGCGAAUCCGACAGUUGAGGCUGAAGAAGAAGAAGAAGGGAACGAGGAAGAAGUAGAAGGGAAUGACGAAGAAGACGAGUUUGAAUUAGAAGAGAUUGAGAUUGAAUUAGACGACGAUGAUAAUAGUAGUGGUGCCGAAGAUUAAAGUCACUAUUCGUAUUGUUUUGUGCUAUUAUUACGUUCUUUUCUGUAAUGCACUGUUUAUUAAUUGAAAGAUCAUUUCUUUAUUUCAAAUACUCGAUAGUCGAUAUAUUGUUUACAAUGGUGAAAUAUUUUGUUUUGUAAUCAUUUCGCUUUUUUGAAUUUACUUUAUAAAAUAAAAAAUACCGAAAUUUG